GAAGAAGAAGAAGAAGAAGAUGAUGCUAAGCCUGAGAAUGGUGCUACUGGUGGGACCUCUGCUGAUGUUGAAGGAAUGAGCUCAGAUGAGGAUCUUGACAAGUGUCCCAUCUGCCUGAACUCAUUCCACAACCAGCCUGUUGCAACGCCAGAGAACUGUGAGCACUACUUCUGUUUGGACUGCAUCCUUGAAUGGGCUAAGAAUGCAAACUCGUGCCCCGUAGACCGUAUUGCCUUUAACAGCAUCUACUUAAGAAAAUGUUUUGGAGGAAGAGUGAAGAAAAUGAUAACAGUGGAAAAGCCCGCAAAGGCAGGCGAAGAGGAAACGGUGGACGUUGACCUGGAGCAAACCAACUGUGAGGUCUGUGGGAGCAGUGAUCGUGAAGACCGCCUCUUGCUGUGUGAUGGUUGUGAUGCAGGAUAUCACAUGGAGUGCCUCACACCUCCUCUUGACUCUGUUCCUGUGGAGGAGUGGUUUUGUCCUGAGUGUGAGGCCAAUAACCAUCACUCAAGAGUUUCAGCUGUGGAGCUUAGUGACACAGASAGCCUGUCCUCUCCCGUCCGCCCUGCCACCAGCCAAGCCCAAACUCRUGCUGUAGGCCCAACCAGAGCUAUCGCCCGUACUCAGCAGAGCGAGCGGGUUCGAGCCAACGUCAACCGGCAUCGCAUCACACAGGCACGAACRUCACAGUUGGCUCCAACAUAUCUGAUACAGUCCUCUUGGCUCGAUGAAACUAUUAAUGCUGUGGUUGCUGGGCUUAACACGGCUGUGUAUGUGCGAGACRUCACACCUCGGGCCCCAUCGAGUCGCGGACGCAAAACACGAAAGCGAAGAAAAGUGAGACGCAAGAUAACAUCGUCUGCAAAGGGUAGCAAAGGUCAAGCGGAAAGCACAGGGGCCAAAAGAAAGAAACGGAGAGGAAGGAAGAUUAAAUCCAAAAGAAAACUAUUCGUAAAAAUGGCAGCCACUCCCAGAAGCCGUAUUGCGAACAAUCUUGGGAUGGUGAAGGGCAAGAAGCGCUCUUCAGUCCCUACUGUAUACCGUCCAUCAGAGAACACAUUGAGCAACAUGCGUGCCGACAUAGGAGCUGCAUCCCUGUCUAUCUAUGGGGAUCCAUUUGAUUUGGAUCCAUUUGUGGAUCAUGAUGCUGUCAAGUAGCAGGAAAAGCAGUUCAGGAGAGGCCAGUGUCCUUGGCAGCUCAGGGUUCUCACCUAACAUGGGAGACAAUUCUGCAUCUCCCCAUCACAGAGGCAGUCUACCAGGAUCCUCCCAUUCUUCAGUGAAUGGACCACUGAUCCAAAACUCAUCCCCCUCACCGUCCUUCGUGCCCCAUUCUGCUAAUCCAACCCAACUAACUCCCCARUUUAAUCCAACGCCUAGAGGAAAUCUGGGUUUGCUGCCUCCUUGUCCAAACAGACCAUCUCCUUGUCACCAGAAUGCUAACGGAGUUAAAACCUCAAGAGAAACCACCUCGUCAUCCAUCUUUCCUGUCCAGGACUCCAACUUCAAAAGCAAAGAAUCACAGUCCCAACAUAAAAAAACACCUGUAAAACCGAUGUGGGUGGAUGUGUCAGUGCUUCCACGGAUACCAAAAAUAAAAAGAGAGAGUAGCAAUAUCACAAAUGAUGGAACUAGUCAAGGUGGUACUUAUGAUAGUAAUCGAAGUAAAAGCAGUUCCUCAGGUGCUAGGAGUGGUUCCGGCUUGCCUGAAGGUUGUAUGAACAAUCUKUCUGGGGACAAAGGAAGGCAGCAAAGUGUAGACCAGAAAAAGAGCCACUCUGAUAGUCAGGCCCAAAGGAGCAGGCCUGACAGGGCAAGCUCAUCAGCAGCCUUCUCCAACUCUUUCUCUUCCUCCUCCUCCUCCUCUGGUACCUCUGCCAGCCAACAACAACACGCCUCGUUUUCUUCAUCUUCAGCUGUAAGUUUCCGCAUUAAUUCUAGUGGGAACUCGUGGCAUGCAAAGCGGCUGAACAUCGCAUCAUCUUUUCCUACCGGAAGCAACGCGAAGGAAAAGGACGACACUGAAAAGAAGCAAUUGCACAAGGACAAGCAAAAGCUGCUGACAUCUCAUGCUGCGUUCAGUGAGGAACAAAAUGAUAAUACAUAUGAUCCCUUUAAUCCGACACUGUCAGAUUCAAGUAACUCAAGUGAUGAAAUGAAGAGCCCAAGCUUUUACCCUCGGUGCGUCAGAAAUGAAGGGAGAGCUCGUGUUUCAGAAACCAAGGAUUCACUUCCAAACAAGCAGGAUACGGUGCGUGUGAAAACUGAAACGCAGGAUACCGAGGUUUCACAAGAAGAACCUGGGAGUGCUCUGAAUACCGUAUCACAAAAUGUAAAAUUCUCAGAGCCUUCGGUUGAAAUGGAAGAAGAAUCUGAAUUAGUAGUCGUAAAAACUGAGAAACCAACAGAAUCCCCUGAAACUAAUAUUAAGGAAGAACCUUAUUCAGAUGAAUCUGAAAACGAGGAGUCUGAAAGGCAUGAUGGUAGGAUUAAAAGUGAGAGUGAGAAUAAAGGUACCACACCACCCGUUCAGCAAAGCAUUGAACAAAUAAAAAUUGAGCAGAAGCCUGAAGAGGAGAGUGGAGAUGACGCUAAAGCUCCCAGGGCUUCUCUUGUUAACUACGACGAUGAUUCAUCAGCAUCCAGUUCUACUACCACCAAGAACACGCAGCAGGAACCUGUUAAAUCAGAAUUCAGGUUCUGUCCUAAGUCUCCAUCGAAGGAUUCUGGCCAUAAGAAAGAAACCUCCAAAGCUUCAAAAGAGCAACAGUCUAGUAGCUCUGAAACAGACCGGGGCAGGAGGGAAUAUCAUCACGGGUCAGAGAAGAGAAGCCAAAGGAAAGAUGAUUAUGAAGACAGUAGGUCCAGGCGGUCACGAGAAAGAAGAAGGGCACAUUCAACCUCUGACAGCUCUCAGCCCAACUCUCCAGAUAGAACUCAGAGGAAGAGGCGCCGGUCUCGGUCACGAUCUGCAGACAAAGCAAGGAGGCGGAGAUCCAGGUCACAAUCUAGCUCUAGCAGUAGGGAACGGUCAAGGAUGGUGAAGCAUAAACAAAAAGGCAAUGAGAGAAGUGAUCGCAGAGAGCAGGACUACAGGAGAAGGCGCAUUUCUAAAGACAAUAAACGUGGCGCGUCUCGCUCCAAAUCACGCUCUAGAUCCAGGGAAAGGAGGAAAGAGCACACCAGACACCAAMAUACGCCUCUCCCCUCUCGAGACAAGGUGGAAUCACGAUCUAAAGACAAGAGCAGGCGAAGGACUCGAUCCAGAUCAAGAGACAGGAGGAAAAAUGAAUCAUCCAGAAGAACGGGAAAAGUUUCUAACGUACACGUUUCAUCCUCUAGAGACACAAAUUGCUCACAAGAAAGGAAAAGAGAAGAUGUUACUCAAAGAAACACUGAAGAGGCAAAGUGUGWCGAAGUAAAUAAAAAGGAUUUUCCCUCCAGUUUCUUUACAUCUCAAGUCAAAAAGGAGGUGAGCGACUGUGAUGCAGACAGCCAGAUUAGAGCUGCAGAAAAUCAAAAAGAAGUCAAGAAUGAAAAAGAAAUAAUAGAAAAGACACAAUCUGUAGAUAUGUUUGAAGAUUCUCUCAUCACAAAACCAGUUAAAAGGGAAGAAAAUGACUCUGCCUCCCCGACAGUGAGCAAAAGCACUGAUGAGGCACMGGAGCAUCCUCUCAAGACAGAGUCUUGUGAAAUUACAAACAUCAAAUCUGAGCCGUGUCCCUCUGUUUUCCCAUCCUCUACACUCGUCACACACGCUACCGAAGAGGUCCUCGAGGACACAGCGUCACAGUCUGAGCCAGUGGCAGUAGACUCAGACAAGGAGCAAAACACAGCUGGUUCAACAGCACCUAUAAAACUGGAACCCUCAGACUCUGAGGAUGAUUUCAAUGUUGAUGUGAUGCUGGAUAGACUUGAUUAUAUGAAAUCGGAGCAAAGCGAGCGUAGCGGUGCAGCUGCCAACGAGGAGAAAGAAGUAGUGGAGCAGAAGGAAGAGGAUGAGCAGGUGUCAGCUGUGGCUGGAUCAAAGUCCAAAACUCAGGUGAAGCGAGUUACCUGGAACAUACAGGAACCAGAGGGCCCUCAGCCAGAAAAAUCACCAAGCAAGCUGGCGCUGUACAAACGGAAGCUGAAGCAUGAAGGAUUUCGUAAGCUGUCUUCGGCAGGUCAAGCAGCCAGUCAGGACAUUGUAGAAACUGGUUUGUCAACAGCUGGACAAGGAGAAGCAGAGGAGGGAGAUUUAUCGAGGAAGGAUAAGUACUUGAAAAAGCUGCACAUGCAGGAGAGAGCCGUCGAAGAGGUGAAGUUAGCUAUCAAACCUUUUUACCAAAAGAGAGACAUCAACAAGGAGGAAUACAAAGAGAUUCUGCGUAAAGCUGUUCAGAAGGUGUGCCACAGCAAGAGUGGGGAAAUCAAUCCAGUCAAAGUUGGAAAUCUGAUCAAGGCAUAUGUGGAAAAAUACAAACAUGCAAGGAAACACAAAAAAGAAGAGGAGUCCGUGAAAUUACCCGAGGAGCAGACUGAGCCAAUGGAAAUAUCUGACAGUCCAUGAGGAGCUGUAAACAAGCAAGAACAACCACAUCACCAACUUCUUGGAUCACAAACAUACCCCGACAAAACAGGUAAAAAUUUUGCUCAUAGUACCACUACAGAAGUUUUUCCUAAGUGUUAAACUUUAUAUUCUCAUAAUAUAUUGACAGCAAACUAUAUGUAAAAAUAACUAACUUGAAUGCCACCCUUUUGUGUCUUUUGCUGGGACUGUAACUGCCAGAAACUACUGUUUGUGUUGUACCACACAGAAACUUAAAGGUAGAUUUUGACUCAAAACCUCCAUGAAAAUGUAAAUAAAGUUUUCCAUGGUUGGACUUAUCACGAAGAGGAUGAUGCAAUGCUGAGUUUGAGUUUUCUAUAAAUAUUUUUUAAUGAGAGGUAUGGGUUACUUAUGAGUGUCGUAAAUUUAAACACCAUUUGGGAAACUAAUCAGCAUAAUGUUUAUUUACGAAUUUCACAUUAAUACAAGGCACUGUUAUGCAAUCUUUUGUAGAAAAUGUGUCGUUAUGAUACUGAUGUAACAAUUUUAGAUUUAAUUGUAAAUAAGUCAGAUUUGUUUAAAUGCCUGUUAUUGUUUUGUUUCUGUUGCCUGUUUAUAGAGUUGAUUUGAGUUUUAUUUUUGAAAGGCUGUGAUUUAUGUGUUCAACAUCUAAUACCUUAAUUAGCUAAACUAAAUCCAAAAGAUGAGAAGUUAAUAAAAGCUCUUUGGCUUUGACUAUGUCCUCUUUCAGUUGUCAGCCAGUUCUCUGAAGGCAUUUGCUUUAACACACUGGAAAAUUUUAGAAAUAUCUUAUUCUAUCUCAUAUCUGAUGUGGAGCUUUUAGAUAUACUGCAAUAAAAUCAGAGUUUCCCUGAAAAAGGGAAAUUUAAAAUGUGUGGUUAUUUUUUAAAAGAGCUGACAAAGCAGUUUCUGAUAGAAUAAUAUAGAUUUUAAUUUAAAGUCAGAAAGACUUUAUCAGUCACAAAAUUGGCAACUUUCACUUUUCUAUGUUAACAUCGCACUUUUGAUGAUGUGUUAAAUUUAAAAAAGCAUAUUUUUUCAUUUUGUACUCUGUGUCUUUAAAUAUUUUAUUUAAAUUUAUCGGCAUAAUUUUAUGGGUCUGUGAGAUCCAUUUAAAGGCAACUUAUACAUGUUCUAAGCUUCAACAUUGUCUAUUUGAAAAUAUAAAAGUUAACAGUUGCCUUUGUCUUGGAACAUUAAAACAUAUUUACCUCUGCAGCAGACAGAAGCUCAUGUCUUUAGCCUAAACUUUACUUUUUGUGUUUUCUGCAGUGCUGUCGCUCACUAAAAGUUCAUAAAUGCUUCAUGUUGUUUACGUAUAUCGUUUAGCAGUCAGUUGUAAAGAUUAGCAGGGUGGUUGGACUUCGCUUGUUUUACGUCGCUUGUAWAUAGGCUUUAUCAGCCAACAUCCAGGAAGAUUCUAAUUACCAGGUGCGUUGAAUGUUUUCCUUCUUUUCUGUCUACUUGAUCAAACCAAACAGGUGUUUUCUCAAAAAAGUAUUCAAAUAAAAAAAGAACUAAAUAAAAA